UAAAAAGGAUCGAAAUAACAAUAUAAAUAAAGCAGGUGAUAAUUAAGAGAAUGGAAAAGGGUUUAGGAAGGGGUUUGAUCACAAAACAGGGACUGCCUCCCUGCGACUGAAGUGACUGACUGACCCCGUGGCUCACUAUCUCUGUGCCGCUGAACCAUGACCCACAAGCUAAGCACCCGCCGUCGCCGUACAAUAUGCCACCGACACCCUUCCGACAGACCCACCGCCGGCUUCUGCGCUGCCUGCCUCCGCGAACGCCUCGCCUUCAUCGAGGCCCAGUCCUCCUCCUCCUCCGCCGUACAGAUCCCUGACCUCCGCCGCACUCGUUCGUACUCUGCACGCGAUGCCUCUGCUGCCGUUUUCGAGCAGCCACGUCGCAGAUCGUGCGACGUGGGGUCCAGUAGUAGCUCUCUCAUUGACCUUUUCGCCGAGGACGACGGUGUCCUGAUCCGGAUGCCCCGAUUUCCGUAUGUGAAAGAGGAAGAAGAGGAGGAUGUGGACGAUGAUAACGAAGAUGGAGAAGAAGAAGAAAUCAAAGGUUUUGACAAUGGCAAAGCGAGGAAACUCGUGGUUGAAGAUUCUGACGAUGGAGGAGGAGAGUCCAAGACGAUGAAAGAGCUGAUAGAUCUGGAACGAGGAAAUCAUAACAAGAAGAACAACGGCAAGGAUUUGAAGGAAAUCGCAUCGGUUUUGGGCAGGAAGCUGAAGAGAUUGUCAUUGAAUAAGAGGAAAGACGGAAACCUAGAUGCUGGUUUCGCCAGAAAUGAUGAAAUCUACGUUCGGAAUGGACUAGCAGUAGCCAAUGAACACGCGCUUGGACGUCGAUCAUGUGAUGUAGACCCUCGGUUUUCUCUCGACGCAGGUCGGGCGUCGUUCGAGGAGCCUCGGGCAUCAUGGGACGGAUGUCUGGUCGGGAAGACAUAUCCGAAGUUGGCAACAUUGUCCUCUGUGACGGAAAAUGCUAAACCCUCUCCGGAGGAUAAAGCCAGUGUUAGAGACGACGAAGAGGAGAAAAUUCCAGGGGGGACAGCUCAAACUAAGGACCAUUACUGGGAUUCACAGAGAAGAAGAAGCCUCGAUCGAUCGAGCUCGAUCAAGAGACCGGGAUUGCUCGAGGCCGAUGAGUUGAAAGCUAUAUCAAACGCCAAGGUAUCACCCGAAACUGUAGGUCUGUUUCAUGGCGCAAAGUUAUUAGUCACGGAGAAGGAACUGAGGGAUUCGAAUUGGUAUUCAAUCAAAAACUACAAACCCGAGAGUGUCCAGUUCGAUGGCAAAGGUGUGGAUUGUGUUGAUGCUGAGGUGAAGCAGGAUGGUUUCGGGUUAAAAAAGUCUAGAAGCAAAUGGCCAAAAGGAUGGAGCAUCUGGGGAUUGAUUCAGAGGAAAACCCUGGAGAAGAAGGAAACCAAAACGGAGAAAAGUUUGAAACUUGAAGGAAAUGCGAUAGAGGGUUCGUUGGCAGAGUCUUUGUUAAAGCUCAGGAGAGUGGCUAAAGGAGAAGGCAGUGGAAAUGUCGGUGAGAAGCUUAUCAGAAGCUACAGCGUCAGCGCAAGAAAGUCCUGCGAUGGUGUGUUUCAUGGCGGGGCCACUGUUCCUAAUGGUGGCGGGUUUGAAGGUGGAAGAAGCUCAUGCGAUGGCUCCAUUAAUGGCGUCGAGGCCAGAAGAAACUCAUGCGAAGGGAUGUUUGAAAGGGUAGAGGGCAAACAGAGUCAUCUUCUCCAGAUGAAGGCCGAUGUGGGCAGCCUCGAAAACGGUAUGUUUAGAUUCUAUUUGACGCCAUUGAGGAGCCGUAAGAUGAACAAAUCCAGUAAAAGUAGGCUUCUGAAUUAGUACAUUGCUGAUUUGCGUUGUGUGGUGGUGGAUGAAUGAUGUGAAUACUUUGUUGUAAUUACUUUGUUUGUGCUAUCGAUGACAUAAAAAUGCAAUCUUGGUGAUGGUCUUCUUUCAAAUU